AUGUCGGCAGCGCAACCAGUCUAUCUGCGAGCGUCAUGCCUGAGAUGGCUCCCUCGUGAAAGCAGACACCUUUCCGACUCGACGAAUACCCGGCUUCCCUUUCUACGACCUGGAUACCAUGAGAGAUGCACUACCCUCAAUUUAAGAGGUUCGAGAAGCGCCCAUUCCAGGGCUUCGGACAGAUCGAGGGACUCUGCUCAGGAUGAAAGAGGAAAACAAUCACGGACACCUUCUUUAAUGGAAGAGCUGUUUCCAGAAGAAGCUCAACCCAAACCCCAAACCUCGACUCGUCCAAGAGAGCGCGACAUUCCACGACUAGACGUCCGCGCUUCCUUGCCCAAAACGAAGACUCCGCGACUAGAGCAGCGUGAGCCCAAAAGAGCGAACAAUGCAAACUGGUGGAAUCGCACACCUGAAUCCGCUGCAUCAGAGCCAGCCCCAGCAUCAGACAGAAAAAGGCGACAGCGUGUUGAGGGUGUACUUAUGCUACGAAAUGCAAGCAAGACUCUGGUCGAGGAUGACUUUACAAGAUUGAUCCCACAGGGAUUGCACAUCGAAGGCUGGACGCUGGACCAAGCCGACAUCAUCAAGGUCGUUCCAGGUCGCAACACAAGUACACUGGAGCGCGCAAACUUCUACUUCAUUUUCUUCAGCUCACGCGCUGCCAUGAAUGCCUACCGCACUCAUGUCAUAUCAUUACACUCCCUCGCCUCAAGGCAUGUUCAGUCCAGCUUAACAUCGCCUAUACCUCCUCCACCAGGAUACCACCUCAAUGGCCAAGAUAUCGAUUCUCUGUUGCAAACGUACACUCUUCUUCCUCCAUCCCGUAUUUUGCAUCUCUUGCCUCUGCCUAUGCAACUUUCACCUUCGAUCGUGGACAUAAUUCACAAUCUAGGUUAUCCGGACAUCGUCAAGGGCCCACUCAGAGAACCAUACAUUGUCAUGAUUCGCCUUGAGGGUCCUCAGCUACCAAUCACCAUGGUCAAAGGUGUCUUAGGAAAGGUGGAACGAGAACGAAGAAUACCAUGGAACCGCGAGUUUGGUGAUCUUUCAUACCGAACCUGGGACCCAAAACCGAAGAACAUCUCGCCGUUCAGCGCGAACAACCGCCUGGAUAAAGGUGGAGCUAAGGUCAGAAACCACUGGUUGGAAGAGAUUGAAGAACUUGCUGAAAUGGAUAGCCCAAUGGAAGAGGAGGACGAGUUCGACAGACGGCCGGGUAGUCGUGAGAGACGCAAGGCCAGACAGUCAUAUCUCUUUGGUUUCGAUAGCGAGGAUGCAGCCCUUACUUUUGUACAAUACUGGCAUCGGAGACCGCUCGACAUGAGUGGCAUGAACUUUGAUAGCGACGAUAUAGCGCCCGUAGUGGAUGCGGAACUGCUGUGGUAA